AUGGCUCGCUACGUAGCGAUGCUGCUGUGUAUCGCUCUUUUUGCUGGUGUCGUUAAGGCGCAGACGAGUGCAGACGUGGUUGCGAACGAGGCGUGUCAUUUGACCCACGGCUUUGGCUCCUUGGCGACGGGCGCGCUGCGUGCCAGCGGCUUCUUUGACUGCUUUCGCCCGCUCUCGCACAUGGACGCCUUCUUGUCGGCGCUCGUGCUUCAGCAUCCCACGUUGCUGACCUCGUUGAUCGUCGGUUCGGCCAACAGUGGGCAGGCGAUACGUGCGUACACCGUGCGUUCCAGCGGUCGACGUGGAAAGGCACCUCGGAUCCUCUACCUCCAAGCCACGCAGCAUGCGCGCGAGUGGAUUGCAGCUGCGGCUGCGGUCUAUGUGAUUGCAGCGCUCUUGGAUGCAAUCAUGGGCGCAAAAGACCUGCCCUUUGACGUGGUAGUCGUCCCCGUCGUGAACGUCGACGGCUACAUGACGACGUGGACGACUGCGACCCAGCGCUACGGGCGCAAAAACAGCCGUGGCGUGGACCUCAACCGCAACUGGCCCAACCCGUUCUGGUCGACGGCGGCCGGCGUGCAGCGCGACUCGGACGCGUAUCCUGGCACCCAUGCGCUCAGCGAGAUGGAGACGUCGGCGCUGGCUGCGUAUUUGGGCAAGAUGCAGUCGCAGCUUGUGGCGCUUGUCGACGUGCACUCGUAUGCUGGCAUGGUGCUGUACCCGUACACGGACGCACGCACGACGCCGCCGCCAGCGACGCGUGCCUUGGUGGCGGCGGUUGCGAGCGCCAUGGGCAGCAACUAUUCGAGCGGGCAGCGGCUCGACGACCAAGUGCUCGUUGGCACCUUUCGAGACUAUGGCUGGCGAACGCUACGCAAGCCGUCGCUGACGAUCGAGAUUGCGGGCGCCGACUUUGUUGUGCCGGCGAGCACGAUCCGGCGCUCCGGCGACGACGUUGUCGCUGGACUCUACGCGUUGGCCAAGGGUAUCGCCGCGGGCCCGUGA